AUGGGUGAACUGGGACACAAACUUGGAUUGGAUGAGCUGGCGGGAGGCGCCGUUGGAAUCAGCAAAGCCUUGUUGGCUGAGUUUAUCGGAAAUCUCCUCUUGAAUCUCUUCGGUUGUGGGGCUUGUAUAAACGUGACUCAGGGUGUGGAUGCAGCGCCCAACAUCGUACUCAUCGCGUUUAGCUUUGGUCUAGCUGUAUUUGCUGCUGUUUCAGCCAUAGGUCAUAUAUCUGGAGGUCACCUUAACCCAGCCGUAACAGCUGGUAUGUUGGCGACUGGACGCGUCAAAUUGGCUCGUGCUAUUCUCUACGUAGUAGCGCAGUGCGCUGGCGCAGCCGCCGGCUCUGGAUUACUCAAGGCCUUUACGCCGGAUAGGGCUGCGGGCAAAUUGGGCGUUACAGGCCUCGGAACGGAAGUGACGUCACUACAGGGCUUUGGCAUUGAGUUCUUCCUGGGAUUCGUGCUAAUCUUUGUUGUUUGUGGGGUGUGUGACCCUAACAAACCCGAUAGCAAAGCCACCGCCCCUCUUGCGAUUGGUCUAACUGUGACUUUGGGCCAUUUGCUGGCUGUGGACUACACUGGAUCAGCUAUGAACCCAGCUCGCUCCUUCGGUUCUGCUCUCGUCGCCAACGAGUGGUCUGAUCAUUGGGUAUACUGGGCUGGUCCGGUGGCUGGUGGUGUUGCCGCUGCUUUAUUAUACGUCCAUGGCUUCUCUGCAGCUCCAGUUGACAUUCCUCCCCGAUACAGGCCCGUUGCUGGUGACGAAAAAGAGCUCAAGAGAUUGGACGGUAAGGGCGAAGACUUGGCGUGA